AUGAGGUCACUGUCUCACCUGCGGCGAGCAGUUUCGGUUGGCCUUCGGCAGCUGGAUAUGUCCUUGCUGUGCCAGCUGUACUCCCUGUACGAAUCCAUUCAGGAGUAUAAAGGCGCCUGCCAAGCCGACUCUAACGCAGACUGCACGUACGCUCUGGAAAAUGGGUUUUUUGAUGAAGAGGAGGAGUACUUCUAGAAGCGGGAAAAUCACCUCCAGGCUGACCGAGGUCCUCUUGCCCUUCUCUCCCUGUGA